CAAACACAAAACAAGAGAAAACUUGAUCCUUGAUCAUGACUACUAAAGAUGGAGGAGUGUUUGGGCUUGAAAUAACGGAGCUCCGGUUAGGGUUACCGGGUAGGAACACCGUCGACAAGAAGAGGGUGUUUUUUGAAAUGGAAAACGGCGGCAAGAAAUGGGAGGAGGAGAGAUCAAAGAAGGUGCAAGUUGUGGGAUGGCCGCCGGUUUGUUCUUACCGAAAGAAGAAUAAUGUUGGGUCGAAAAUGUAUGUAAAAGUUAGCAUGGAUGGUGCACCAUUUCUUAGGAAGAUUGAUCUUGGUAAUUAUAAGGAAUAUGCUCAUCUUGCAAUGGCCUUGGAGAAACUCUUUGAUUGCAUUGGCAUAGCCGAUCAGUCAUUGAAUGAUGACGAUGAUAAUAACUCUGAGUACGUUCCCAUCUAUGAAGAUAAGGAAGGAGAUUGGAUGCUUGUGGGAGAUGUUCCAUGGGAAAUGUUUAUUGAAUCUUGUAAGAGGUUGAGGAUUACAAAGAGAUCAGAGGCCAAGGGAGUUGGAUUAAUGGGCACCUGCAGGGACUUUCUCAAAGGAAUAUCUUCAAAGGAUGUCUAAUAUUUUAUUAAAAUAUUUAAACUUGUGUGGUUUAUUAGUUAAUUACAGUAAUUGGUUAUCAUUAUUAUUAUUAUCAGGGAAUUUGAAUUAAACCCAAUAUAAUAUACAUUUUUAAACUUUGUUAUUUUGUUUGUAUUGUCAUCUAUUGCUAAUUACUAUUAUUUCAUUUUAUUUAGAUCA